AUGCCUUCAAUGACAAAAAAGCAAAAAAUGAUACAAUUUUCUAAAAUUAAAAAUCAUGAAAUCCUUAUCGACCAAUUUUCUGCCCUUCACUUGAUUGAUGUAGAUUACAAAUUGUUUAAACCAAAGCUCGCUCAAUUAAACAACUCUUAUAAAAAAAUUCAUUCCUGUAAAGAAAGAUACGAAUCUCGUCCUUUAGUCGAUCAACUCAUGUUACAAUUGGUUAACGCCUCAUUCGAUCAAAUUGACAAGAAACAUUUGGAAUACUUUCAAAAGCAAUGGGAACAUGCCGGCAAUGGUGAAAAGUUCAUGAUUCUCGUUUCCGAUUUAUUUUUAAGAUCUCAACAUUUGUAUCGUUCUACUUAUGUUUGGAUUAAAGACUAUAUACUUGGGAAAUUUGUUACCAAAGUCUCUAUAUUAUUUCUCAAGAUUGGUGAUUGGUUUUCAAAACCAAUUUUUAAGUCUAAACAUAAUGAUAAAAUUAAUGAUAAAGAAGAAAAAAUUCCUUUAGUUGAUGAGGAUGAUAAAAUUAUUAGCGAACAAAACUUUUCAUCUCAAGAUAUCUUUUUUGAACUCAUGAACGAUAUCGAAUACGCUUUACAAGAAGUGAAAUUCGAAUUCUUUUACACUUUAAAAUAUCAUGAAUUGUUCAUCGACCAAAUGACUUUACUUCAGUUGAUGGAUUCUAACUGUUCUGGUAAUUUGGAGGAACUCUCAGACUUAAGGUCUGAUGUUGAAGAGGGUUAUAAAACUUUUAUAGAUGCUCUACAAUCAUUGCAACCGCAAUUGUGUACGGAAACUAGAAUUAUUAGUCGAACCGAAUAUACUAAAACAGAAGGAUUUUUAGGUUUUACAUCAUUGGAUUGGUUUUUGUUGGUUCUUAUUAAAGAAACUGGUCAAUGUAUUGACAGACAUCUUGAUUAUAUACCGAUGACUCAAGAAGAAGAAUUACAUUGGGUGGAAUUUAGGAGGCUAUUUCAGUUAAUAAUUGGUUUAUUCCAUUCACUUACUGGUAAUUGA